GGGUUUGCUGGUGUGGAGGAGGGGGGGCUGCUGACUGAGGGUCGUUCAUGCAUAGCAAGAGGACUUGGUUGGACAUUUCUCACAUUGGCACGGAGGGCCUCGCCCAGUUGUAUUCAAUGGAUGUAGAUUUGCACAUCCAUGGACCCAUAGAAGCAGCCUGCUCUCAGGUGAGAGGUAGUUCCUCUUGUGCUGAGGUGGAUAAAUACCUCACUGCACACAGCCUGCUACUUCAGUGCCCUCGGGAACUUAGUAGUGGACGAACCUCCUCUCCAAGGAACCAACAUGCAGGAAGGCCUCACUCAGCGAGCACUGGACGCGAUCCUGAGCCAAGUCAACCCCUGUGACUCGGAUGGAGAAGACAUAGACCUUCAGCCGUAUUCGGACUCUGAGCUGUCUUCAGAUGAGGAGACUAGUCCUCAACCAAAAAGAGCUCGUUUGAGGUCUGACCUGACGGAGGCGGCGGAAGACGGCCCCGUGUGGCGUGAAGAACGGGUGAGGGCGCGUCUCCCUUUCACCCCCAUAGAAGCGUACGCCGCAGACGGAGAGCCGACGCCCACGGUCAGGACAAGCGUCCCCAGUCGCCUGGAGAGCUUCCUGAGGUUCAUCAGUCUUGACAUGCUUCAUAGCAUUCAAGAAUGCACCAUUCAACACGCACAGCGAACGGAGCAUGACUGGUUGGUGGACAUCCCUGAACUAAUGGCGUUUAUUGCCAUUGUCAUCUUGCGGGGGGUCAUCAAACCUGGGAAACCCACAGAUCACUGGCAUCAUGUCACGGGACCGCUUCCAGGACAUCAUGCGACACCUGCGCUUUGACGACAGCUCCACCCGCGUGGAGCGAGCCAAGACCGACGAGUUUGCUGCCAUCUCCGGUGUGUGGGGGUCCUUUGUCUCCAACUGCAUCUCCUCCUACAGCCCCGGUCCACACAUCGCCGUUGAUGCGCAGCUCCUCCCGACAAAGACUCGCUGCCGUUUCCUGCAGUACGUCGCGUCGAAGCCGGAGAAGUUUGGCAUCAAGUUCUGGGUCGCCUGCGACGCGAAGUCCAAGUACAUUUGCAACGUCCUCCCGUGUCUUGGCAACGACCCCAGUGGUCCCAGUGGUCCCAGUGGUCCCGGUGGGGAAGACGUGGUGAUGCGUCUGAUGGAACCGUUCCUGGACAAGGGCAGAAACGUCACCACGGACAGUUGCUUCACGUCACUGUCACUUGCGCAACGACUGCUUCGCCGCAAAACCACCAUCCUCGGCGCAGUCGACGAGAAUCACCGGGAAAUUCCUCAAUCCGCUAAACAGACGGACCGCAAAAGACUCACCACUCAGGUGUUUUCAACCACUGGUGCCGCGCUGACGGCGUACGCGUGCACGCGGAGGACGAGCGUGCACGUCCUGAGCAGCAUGCACAGCGUGGUUCACACGGAGAACGCCCCCAAACGGAAGCCGAACACGGUCGCCCUGUACAGCAGCACGAGGUGCGGCGCGGAUGCGAUGGAGCAGAUGCUGCGGAACUACAGCGUCCGCGCAGCGACGCGGCGCUGGCCAGUGGCCGUGUUCUACUACAUGAUCGAUAUGGCGGCGCUGAAUGCGCAUGCGCUGUACGAAGCGUGCACCGGGAGGAAGGAGAGACGGGCGGACUUCCUGGCGGAGCUCGCCACGGAGUUGGCGAACCCACAUGUGGGCGAGAAGAAGGCACGAAAGGAGCAGAGGCUUCGGCAGCAGCCUCCCACACCUGAACCUGGAAAAAGAGCCAUGUGUCAGGUCAAACGAUGCAACAGCAAUCGUGCCACUGUGCGAUGUGUUGGCUGCUACAGAUACACGUGUGGCAAAUGCAGAAAGGAGACACCAUGGCAGUGCCAGGACUGCGAGUGAUUGACACGUACUCGCUCACUUUUUUGCAAAUAUGUCUAAAAUUUUUUACUAUUUUUAUCAAUAGAUAAAUGCUGAGACUUACGGCAAACCGAUUUAACAUAUACUGUAUAAGAUAGACAGAAUUGACUUUACAGAUAUCUACAGUGUAUUUCAGCCUCAUCAAAACUGUAAUCGAACAUAUCCAUAAUUACAUGCUGACUAGUCCUAUCCAAAACGUGAAUUACAGAUACCUGGGUCAGUGUCUGAGAAAGUGACUUUUUGUUUUCCAUUUUACUCUCAAAUCGAACAAACGGGAAAACAGAUUUAAAGAUCAGAUCAGCUCAGCGAUUAACUGCUGCUUCAGUUAACAGACAGUUAAACUGCCUUUUGUUGUCAUGUUGCCACUACCUC